UGGAAAAUAUAUACAUCUGCAUCCCCCUCCAACAAUUUUCUACAAAAUAGAUGCCUAUAUAAUAUAGGGUUCAAGGGAUAGGAGGAAGAAGACACAAGCCGAAGAGAACUGACGGAGGUUUUUAGAGAGAGAGAGAGGGGAACUCAUGCAGAGAUAACAUGAAAAACAACACUCCGACUUUCAAGUACUUGUUCCUCUCUCUCCUCCUUCUCACUCUUCCCAUUCUCCUUCUCGUCCUCCGUCUCCAACCCCACAACCUCCACAGGACGGCCGCCACCGCCGUCGCCACUACACACAAUAAAAUCCUCCCGGUUAUACAACCCGAAUCCCAACAAGAAACAGAAACCAAUACCACAUCCGCUAAAGACAUCCGAAUCCGACCAGGCUACACCUCCUACGAAGCCUACCUCGAGCGGCAGGUCAACAAAACCAACAACCCUAGGCUCCGCCAGUUAUGGACCACCCGCGACUGGGACCGAAAAAUCCAAGUCUUCUCCCAAGUCUUCCAACAAAUGAAGCGCCAGAACCUCCUCACCGACAAUUGCAAGGCCCUCUGCAUCGGGGCUAGAGUCGGCCAGGAGGUUGAGGCGUUGAAGCGAGUCGGGGUGUCCGACUCGGUCGGCAUCGACCUCGUACCGUUCCCUCCGCUCGUGGUCAAGGGCGACUUCCACAACCAGCCGUUCGGCGACGACACCUUCGACUUCGAGUUCUCGAACGUGUUCGACCACGCUCUGUACCCGCGGAAGUUCGUUUCCGAGAUCGAACGGACGUUGAGGCCCGGCGGGGUCUGCGUUUUACACGUGGCAAUCUCGCGGCGGACGGAUAAGUACUCGGCGAAUGAUCUGUAUAGUGUGAAGCCGUUGGUGGCGAUGUUUCGGAGGAGUAAGUUGGUUCAUGUCAAGGAGGUUGACGGUUUUGGGGCAAACACGGAGGUGGUUUUUCAGAAACGGCAAAAGGGGAGCCCAUCCAACGGUCCCAAUUGAUUGAUAUAAACCAAUUGUCACUCUGCAAAUAUGUGCAAUAUAAUUUCUUG